AAUGCUUCCAGACGAAUGUGAAGAUAAGUGGCAACUGCACGGUGCGGUCGAUGCCUGCUUUGCAUACCAAUUACAUGUACAUGCUGCGGCUAACUUUUUCGGAUCAAUUGUCGAAACCCAGCAGUUUUCCCUGAAAACAAAUAAAGAUUCGCGGCUUUUCAGUAUUACGGAAAUCGCCCGUAAUGAUGUCCAAGCUCAGUUUCCACCUCCUCCAUGUUCUGCUGGCGUUGUGGCUACCAUGGACUAUCUCUAUCAUCGCCGCCCAAAGUGCAUCGCCCAAGCUUAUGUGGUGUGCAAGUCCGCUCACUCCGGCGGUGCUAGAAUCGCCCAUUGACAAGUGGGUUGACGUCCCAGACACGAGCGUCACUGUAGAGCUGCAGAACGAGGCUGUAGUGAUGAUGUCGUACGACGUGUCGGUCUCCCACGUCACGGAUAUAAAGUCUGAAGGUGUCCAGGUAGCAGAACUGAGCGAACUGUCCUUCCGAGUAGCAGUAGACGGUACUCCGUACCGCCAAUCAGCGACGACAGUCGACGACCGAGAGCCGUUAAUCGUAGUAGCAAGUGGGUUCUUGGUGCUCGAAAUUCCACAAGGUCAUCAUAGCGUCAAGCUGCAAUGGCGGAAGCGAGGCACACGUGUGCUCAAAUGGGCAGUGACAAGUGACAUCCUGGACGGGUUUGCAGGCGGACGAAGUCUCACCGUGUCGGCGCAACAUCGUUUUAUCUGGUACAAACAGCCGACCACCACGGUCUCUCUUCUGUCUGUAAAUAAGUGGGAAGCUGUGUCCGGUAUGUCGGUGAAUUUUCGUCUGUCGGAACCAGCCACGAUUCGGUUCUUCUAUCAGUUGCCUGUCCGCCCCGAACUAGUGCAGUACUCUCGUGAUACGGCAGCAUACGAUGAAAUUGAGACGUCUCUCGAGAUAAAUGGGCUCCGAUAUCGAGAAACAGGGUCGUACGGGAUUGUAGAGGGGUCCAGGAAGUCGACAGUGCUUCUUCAAGGUAGUAUUAUCAUGGACUUGUUGCCAGGGGAGUACAGUGCUGUGCUGUACUGGAAGGCGCUGCUAGGCUCCAGUCGUCCAUGGUAUUCGUCUCCUAAUGCCUUGGACGGGUUUGCUAUGGGGCGGAUCCUGGCAGCGGUAGGGGAAUGGAGUAUGGACUCAAUGUCCGUUUACAAUUUACAGCAAUUUAAGCCGACGUCAGUGGGGAAAUGGUCGGACGUAGGCGACUCUGUGCUUCAGUUUACGCUGCCAAAAGCGACUCAAGUCUCGUUGAGCUACAAUUUACCCCUUUCACAGAGUGAUAACCCGCAGUUUAGCAGUUGGACUGAAGACUCGUGGGAUCGCAUCCAAACUCGUGUAAACUCGUGGAACAAUGAUCCAAAGAUUUUCGCGCCUACAGUCGUACUCGGAGAGGAAGACACGACUGUGGAAAUUGACGGCAUUUCUAUAAGCGAUACUGAUAGCGAAAUGGCGCUCGACUACGAGGUUACUGUCACAAUAUCUGUAAGAAAUGGCGUGCUAUCGCUGGAUCCCACACCGGGAAUCACGUUCGCUUCAGGUAACGGAGAUCGCAACCAGUAUUUGCUAUUCAGCGGAGCACUCAGUAGCGUCAACGCGUAUUUAGCUCGUGUGUGGUAUCGAAGCUAUUUGAACUGGUACGGUGACGAUGAGCUCCGUAUCAAAGUUGUGGAUCAAGGUGUGACCGGUUUCACUGCUGCGAGUACAGAUGAAACUUCUAUCGUGAUACACAUAGCGUCCGUCAACGACCCACCACAGCUCACUGUUCCAAGUACCCAGUUCUUGCUUGAAGACCAGCAAAUCAGCAUAUUUGGCGUCAGGGUUCAUGAUGUAGAUCCUGGCUUUGAUCACAGCAACUCGACAUUUGAGAUGCAACUAUUUGUACUGAGUGGUGUGGUUUCUCUCGGUUCUACCAGUGGCGUAGCGUUUAUUGAGGGGGAUGGGAAAGGAGACCAGCUUUUUUGCUUUCGCGGCGAUCUACGCACAAUUAAUUCGGCUUUAUUUGAGAUUAAGUACCGACCUGACAAAGAUUUCAACUCGAAGCAGCACGUGGAACGUCUAGGAAUACGCGUGCGAGAUUAUAACUACUUGGACGGCACAGUUACAGAUGCGUUUAAGAGCAUUUUGAUUGAAGUCCAGAGCUCUAAUGACCCGACGCUGGUGGUACCAUUGGAGCUAUCUACAAUUACACUUCGUGGAUAUGCGGUCGAGCUUGUAGGGGAAACCACAGGCAACGAGGUGGUAUAUGCGCAAUUACUUUCGAUGACCGCUGUCGGAGAGAUCCAGCUUUCAACGCCAAGUAGUGCGCUUCCUGCCGGCGUAACAAAGCUUCCCGUUGGAGACGAACCAUCCAACUUGAUUAAGCUAAGUGGGCAUGUUUCUGGUGUUAGCGACAUCCUGCAGUCUAUCACAUUCAUGCGAGCCCCUUCAUUUUACGGAGAUGGUCUGAUGAAAAACUCUGGUGUCGAUUUGUGUGCUUUCGGAAAGCGAAUGUCAAGUGCGCGGUACUUGUCAUCAUCAUCAGUCUCUUGCAAGACACCGAAGGUUGAGAAAGGUACAACGGACGUAGAUUUGCGAUUAACCUCCAACGGCCAAGAUUUCUCGCAGCCGCUGCUCUUCAGUUAUCGAGACCCACCGGAGAUUAAUUCCAUCGAUCCCUCGUACGGAAGUUCGAGUGGAGGCGACGUUAUUGCAGUCGCUGGAGCUAACUUCUUUCCCGAUACACAAGCCAACUGUGUGUUCGAUGGGGAUAUUGUCACGGCCGCAUCUUUCAAGUCUUCCAGCUCGAUGUUGUGUCUGUCUCCUGCCGUGCCGAUUCCGACGGAGCCAAUGACCGUAAGUAUUGCAGUUAUCCUUGAUGCGAUGUCGUAUCGAUCUCCUAAAAACUUCAGCAUUUACGAACCUAACUUCACUAUCGUGUCAUUUCACAAGUGGUGCUACAAGUACCGCUGUCCCAGCAACGUUUUCGAACUCCUCCGCUGUACGCUGUCGCGUCCCUGA